AUGGAUGAGGGUUCAAAUGUUUGCAACACAUUUUCUGACAUUUUACCUCAUGCAAACACAGACAAAUCGUCUGGUGCAAUCAGCUAUGAAAUGUCACCAUCAAAUUCAGUUCAUUCCAGUACAAUUAUGAAUGAGGAUUCAAAUACUUGCAACCCAUUCUCCAACAUUUCACAUGAUGCAAACAAGGGCAACCUGUCUGAUGCAACAGGUCAUGAAAUUCCACAAUCAAAUUCAGUUAAAAAUCGUACUAGUUUCGAUGACCUUUCAAAUUCUUGCAACCCAACUUCAUCUGUUAAAAUAGGAUGCUUAAAGGAGGAUACAUAUGUGCCCUGA